GUAGCCUUAUGGUAAACUCCGUCAAGGAAGGCCACCUGUCGCCUCCCAGUUGGCUAGCCUAUCCUAUUUCCUGACGCGCAUUAUAUAAACCCUCCCCCGGCCCGUCAUAAACAAUUAGGAGAAGAAAGCAUUUCUCAAUCAACAAGACUAGUCAACUGCGCAAAAAGAACAUGUCGCGCGAGGAAAAUGUGUACAUGGCCAAGCUAGCCGAACAGGCUGAGCGGUAUGAGGAGAUGGUUGAAUUUAUGGAGACGGUUGCAGAGAGUUCUGAUACUGAGGAGCUGACUCUGGAGGAACGAAAUCUCCUUUCUGUGGCCUACAAGAAUGUGAUUGGUGCUAGGAGGGCUUCCUGGAGAAUCAUCUCAUCCAUUGAGCAGAAGGAAGAAAGCCGUGGGAAUGAGGAUCAUGUCAAGGUUAUUAAGGAAUACAGGGCGAAGAUUGAGGCUGAACUCAGCAAGAUCAGUAAUGGGAUUUUGAGCCUCCUAGAUUCCCAUCUCAUUCCCUCAGCCUCCUCAGCAGAGUCCAAGGUGUUUUAUUUGAAGAUGAAGGGUGAUUACCAUAGGUACAUGGCUGAGUUUAAGACUGGAGCUGAGAGGACGGAAGCUGCCGAGAGUACUUUGUCAGCUUAUAAGUCUGCUCAAGAUAUUGCAUUAGCUGAAUUGGGUCCCACACACCCGAUCAGGCUCGGACUUGCACUUAACUUCUCUGUUUUCUAUUAUGAAAUCCUUAACUCAUCUGAUCGCGCUUGCAACCUUGCCAAGCAGGCUUUUGAUGAAGCCAUCUCCGAGCUAGAUACAUUGGGCGAGGAAUCAUACAAGGACAGCACAUUGAUCAUGCAACUUCUCCGAGACAAUUUAACACUUUGGACUUCUGAUGCAGCGGAUGAUGGCGGGGACGAGAUCAAGGAAUCUUCAAAACUUGACUCCGGCGAGGGUCGGCAGUGAUGAAUUUGUAGCUUAGCAUUGCGCUCUUCAUGUUGUAUUUCAGCGUAGAAUUCCUAUCAUAAUAGACUUGCUGGAUUCGGUAUUGUGAAAACCCGUUCUACAAACUCUAAGAGAAUAUGGUGGUUGAUAUAUUUUUCUGUCAGGUGAGGGACUUUAUGGAAUCUAAUGCUGUGUUGUUGUGCCUUUGGUCCUCAGGCAUUCUCAUUAUUGCUUGUUAAAUCUCCUACUUCUCGGCUAUGCCGUCCCUGAAUUUUCCAUGAAAUUGGAAAGUGGUACUAUGUUUUUUCAUUUGACACUCUAAAAGCCAAUUAUUAGACCUAA